GACCCGCCUCCGUGGGGGGGUAUCGGUCUCUACCCUACGCCUUUCAGUUUCCGCGGGCGGACGGGCCUGCAGUGAGGAAGGUGUGAGUUCUAGAGGAACUGACGGAACAGCAGUGAGAGAUGUGACUGGACACAUCAUCUCCCAACAACACCUUGGCCGCUGCAGAUAAGUCACCAUAUAAUGGAGGAAUUGGAGCAAGGCCUGUUGAUGCAGCCAUGGGCUUGGCUACAGCUUGCUGAGAACUCCCUCCUGGCCAAGGCUUAYAUCACCAAGCAGGGCUAUACCUUGCUUGUUUCGGAUCUUCAACAGGUGUGGCAUGAACAGGUGGAUACUAGUGUGGUCAGCCAGCGAGCCAAGGAGCUGAACAAGCGACUGACUGCUCCCCCUGCAGCUUUUCUCUGUCACUUGGAUAAUCUGCUUCGCCCAUUGUUGAAGAAUAUUGCUCACCCUAGUGAAGCGACCUUCUCUUGUGAUCUUGUGGCAGAGGCACUGAUUCUACGGGUGCGGAGUGAGCUUUCUGGUCUCCCCUUCUAUUGGAACUUCCACUGCAUUCUAGCUAGUCCUUCCCUGGUCUCCCAACAUUUGAUUCGUCCUUUGAUGGGCAUGAGUCUGGCCUUGCAGUGCCACGUGAAGGAGUUGUCAACAUUGCUUCGGAUGAAAGAUCUAGAGAUCCAGGACUACCAGGAGAGUGGGGCUAUGCUGAGCCGAGGUCGAUUGAAGACGGAGCCAUUUGAAGAAAAUGCUUUCUUGGAACAGUUUAUGGUAGAGAAGCUACCAGAGGCAUGCAGAGUUGGUAAUGGCAGGCCCUUUGUCAUGCAUCUGCAGAGUCUGUAUGUUGCAGUCACCAAACAGGAGGUCCAAAUGGGACAGAAGCAUCAAGACACUGUUUCAGGAGAUGCUCAUACCUCAAGCAGCACCUCCCUUCAAGCUACUGAUAACCAGCUUCCAAGUCAGCCAGAACAGCCAGUCUCUUCAGCACCAGCCCUCUCAGUGCUUGAAAAAGAGCCCCUGGAUACUGCAGGCCCUAUGCAGAGAACUCAGCUGUCAAAGGUCAAGAGGAAGAAGCCACGGGGCCUCUUUAGUUAACCAGUCAUGAGCUCAGCUGCUGAGGAUGCACCAGAAGAACAACUCCCAAACAUCACAUGGAAAGGAGCUCACAUGGCAGUUUCUCUCAAACAGAGUUACAAUCAAAGGUCCACUCUCAGAGCAAGAGAACUAAGCUCAUGGCGACAUGUUUCCUGAAUGGGUUACUGUUAAACAAGAAAAGCUUAUUGCCAUCCCAUGGAGCAUUGGCCUUCCCUGGUACAGUGGAAGCCAGUCUCUGGGAUCCAGUCUCUUUUGGUGGAGGUUCUUUAGACUUUAGGAUAUAGAG